AUGAUCCGAGCCACACUGCCGUCGCAGGAUAUGGACGAUGACGUGGACAGCACUGAUCAAGUUGACUUGACACUUUCCAAGGAAGGAGCUGAGGAGUUCAAGUGUCUGUCAGGCAGACAGAAAGACAGGUUAUUCAACCAAUUAGCAGGCAGUGACAACCCGGAUGAUGAACUCGCAGGCCUUGCUUACAGAGGGAAUACUGUGUCCAUUCACGCGUAUCCUACACCGCGAAAUCAGGGAGGAGAUGAAGAGAACUGCUUCGACGAAGUGGCUAAAGGUACAGUGGAGAGGACGGGCUUCCCAGUGUCGUUAAUUUACUACAUUCGCGGCGGGAGAUUCCCGGUGAACCUGGGCAUGCGGCUGAAGCUAGAGGAACGCGAACAGACAUUUAGGAUGGCGCUGGAGGUUGAAGUUCUUGAGACGAUUAAUGCAGUGCGAUCGGCGUUGUCUGACGCACUAAACGCGACGAUUGAAGCUCGGAGGGUCUACGUGGCCGAUUUGUUGGUACUGUCGAAUGACUCGCUUUUCAUCACAAAGGAGAGGAAGGCCAGUGCACAGCGAUGCAAGUUGCAACGUUUGGCGAUGACUGUGCAGGACAAGGCGAUGGUGGAGGAAGAAGAGACGCCAACGCGCUUCCCUCAGCUCUACAUGGCCUAG